AAUCCCCAACACACACACACACACACACACACACACAGAGACCAGACACACACAGAAGUUACAGCCUACGUUACAUCACAUGGAGAGAGGAGCCGAUUGAACACAGUGGAGCUGAGCCGGGGUAGAAGGGGUUAGGGAAAACGUACGGCAGUGAAAGAUAAGGAUAGCGCCGUGGUUGUGGAAUAAUUCGUCCUUCUCAGGACUGAUCUUCGGUCACUUUUCCGCUUCAGGAUUUGUUUCGGCUGAAAUGUUUCAGGAUCCGAUGGCAGAAUCCUUCAUCCCUGUUGUGGCGCGGUGCUGGGUCUGAGCACGGAGCUAACACUGCGGGAAAACAAUCACCAGGCCUAAGGGCCACUGGACCAUUAAGACAUGCUGGCUGCCAUGCUGCGCCAGAGUUCUGGUGGAGGAUCAGGUGGCGGCGGCGGCGGCAGCAGCAGUGGCGGAGGUGGUGGACCCAAAUUCUCUCUAGGCAUCUCCCGACUCUCCAGCUCCAGCUUGGGUUCAGCAAGCCCUAGCAGUGCGGGCCCCUUGGUGCCGGGCAGGGUCUCAAAGAGCGGCUCGGUGAGCUCGGACAGCCCAGAUAUCCCCGUCUCAGACCCAGUCUAUAUUAUGCAGCUGGUCAGUGACGUGCGCAAGUUUGCUGAUGUGCUUCUACAACUCAAAGAAGUUUUCAACUGCAAAGAGCACCAGGACUGCCUCCAUCAGGUGGUACACGAGCGUCUCGGGGAGCUGCUGCGAGUCCUGAAGGCCAUCAUCAGCAAACACCAGAGCCUCAACUCGGUGGACAUCCUCAGUACAGCUGGAACGGUCAUCGCCACGGUCAAAGGAGUGAACUUUAAGGAGGUGAACGAAGAGAACAAACAUCAGCUUUUUGGAGAGAUCUACACUGCUAUUGACACAUUGGCGUUCACCUUUGGCAAUGUAGUGUCUGACUUCCUUAUGGGAGAUGUAGAGAAUGGAUCAGUGUUGGGGCUCCCCCUAACUAAGAGAAGCAGGUCUUUUGAGAACCUCUCCUUGGAAUCUGGAGGCUCCGGUCCAGAGAAAGAUGAUCCACCAGGGCCGUCUCCGCCGGUUCGGGCAGAAGAAGUGGACCGGACACUGCAGCGGCAGGACAGCGGGGUGGAGUCAGCGCUGCUCUACGCCAAGGCCUGGUCCAAGUACACCAAAGAGCUGCUGGCGUGGGUGGAGAAGCGUCUCAGUGUGGAUAUUGAGUGUGCAAAGAGUUACGCCAAAAUGGCUGAAUCUGCCAAGACGCUUUCAAGUCAACAGGAAUUCAUGCCUUUCCGUGAGAUCUACAUGACUGCUUUCAAAAAUGACAUUGAAUACAGCCAGCUGGUACUUCACACCGCAGCAGUACUCCAAAGCAACAAAUUCAUACAGCCUCUUCUGGCCAGAAAGAAUGAGCUGGACAAACUACGAAAAGAGGUCAAGGAGCAGUGGCAGAGAGAGCAAAAGAAAAUGAACGAGGCAGACAGUGCUCUGAGAAAGGCUCGGCUGCUGCUGGCCCAGCGGCAGGAGGAGUAUGAGAAGGCCAAGGUGUCCACCAGCCGCCUGGAGGAGGAGCAGAUGGGGGGGGGGGGGGGAGGAGGAGGAGCAGCGGCAGCCAAACAGCUGGAGAAGAGGCGCAGGCUGGAGGAGGAGGCCCAGCAGAAGGCUGGGGAGGCCAAGGAGCACUUCAACGCAUGUAAGAUUGAUGUUGGGGACAAGAAAGUCGAUUUGGCCAACACCAAGAGCGAGAUCAUCACUCAGAUCCGAGAGAUGGUGUCCCAGUGCGACCUCACCCUCAAGGCUGUGACGGUCAAUUGGUUCCAGCUCCAGCAGGCCCAGGUUGUAUCCCUCCCUGUCAACUACCAGAGUCUGUGUGAAAAUGCCAAACUGUACGAGCCGGGCCAGCGCUAUAUCGACUUUGUCAGGAGUCUACCCACGGAUUUGCCUCGCCUGGAGUCCCACUCGUUUGAUUCAGCUGUCCCACAAAGCACAGGGAUGCCUUUCAACAAGCGCUCGCUAACUGGCAGCCACUCGUCCCACAGUAACCUGUCACAGGCCUCGGUGACGUCUGACCUCCUCGCUGCAGAUGACAUGGACAGUCCCGUCCCUGCCCAACAUGCCAAGAUUGCCGAAAGGCGUUCCAACAGUAGUACUGACAUCCAAGCACUUCGGAUUCAGGCCCCAUUUCGUCCUUGGGCCUCGGCCAGCCAGGGGGGAGGGAUGAGCAGCGACUCAGAAAGUGCCGGAGGGAGCAGUGAGUCCCGGUCCAUGGACUCACCCACCGCAAGUCCAGGAGACUUCAAGAGGAGAUUACCCAGAACCCCCUCCACCGGCACUAUGUCGUCUGCUGAUGACCUGGAUGAGAGAGAGCCUCCUUCACCCUCUGAUAAUGGUUUAAGUGAGAUGAUAAUUGAAACGGCCAGCUCCCCCGGCCCCUUUAGAAACACUCAGAUGUCCAAGGCUGCUCAAACCCACAAGCUGAGGAAGCUUAGAGCGCCAUCCAAGUGUCGGGAGUGCGACAGCCUGGUGGUGUUCCAUGGAGCGGAGUGUGAGGAGUGUUCGUUAGCCUGCCAUAAGAAGUGUCUGGAAACCCUGGCCAUCCAGUGUGGCCAUAAGAAGCUCCAGGGGAAGCUGCACCUCUUCGGCAUUGACUUCACACAGGCAGCCAAGAACAGUCGGGACGGCAUCCCCUUCAUCAUAUGCAAGUGUACAUCAGAAAUCGAGAACCGAGCGCUCAACAUUAAGGGUAUCUACCGCGUGAAUGGUGCCAAGUCUCGGGUGGAGAAGCUUUGCCAGGCGUUUGAGAACGGGAAGGACCUGGUGGAGCUCUCCGAGCUUUAUCCCCACGACAUUAGCAACGUACUCAAGCUCUACCUGAGACAGCUUCCAGAGCCACUCAUCCUGUUCCGCUACUAUAAUGACUUCAUCGGUUUGGCCAAGGAAAGCCAGAGUAUCAUUGUGGAGGAGCUGGAGGCGUUGCGGCUCAGUCCCAACCCAGUGGCCCCGGCCCAGGUCAGCGUGGAUCUCAACCGGGUCCUCUUCAAGAUCAAGGACCUGCUGAGGCAGCUGCCACCAGCCCAUUACAAGACCCUGCAGUUCCUCAUAGAGCAUCUGCACCGGGUGACGGAGCAAUCAGAGGAGAAUAAGAUGACAGCCAGCAACCUGGGUAUCAUCUUUGGCCCGACACUGAUCAAACCAAGGCAGGCGGACGCCGAAGUUUCCCUCUCCUCUCUGGUGGAUUACCCGUAUCAGGCUCUCAUUGUUGAGCUCCUGAUCAGACACUACCAGAUGAUCUUUGACACCCCCCUCAGCCCCCUGAGCCGCACCUCGCCUACAGAGAUGGAUGCCCAACCCCGCCUCGGCCACCACGAGAAGGAGCAGCUGAGCCGACACUCCAAGUCGCUGGGAGACAUUAAGGAGCAGAGCUCUAAGGUGUAUAAGAGGCAUUCCUCCAUAAUUCCUUCUUCCCACUUAUUGGCUGAGGUUCAUGAGACAGUGCCAAGCCUCGAUGGAAGCGACUUUGAACCUGUUGAUGAAGUGGAUUUUGAGGCCUUCAAUGGGGAUUUGUCAUCAAGCGUCCAUGAAGUCCCUAAACCUGGCGACAGAGGCCUCUGUCGGUCUCAGCAUAUCGCCGUCGCCAGGGUCCAGCUUCGACACCCUCGCAACAAACUCUCCUCCCGGCCAGUGAGCGUGCCUGCUGAGCGGAUACUCAACCGAGGCCGAGUAGACGAGAACAACACGCGGAACAGCACUGACCAAGAUGACAAGAAAGGAGGUGGUUGCGACCAGUCCAUUGAAGAGGUGGACGAAACCGAGAACACAAAGUUGCGAGCGGGCACACAUUACCGGAGUACAUUUAUUGACACCCAGACGUUACGCAGAACUUGGGACAAACAGUACAAGCAUGAGGUUGCUUCCAGAACUGUCAGAAUAGUGGCCAGUUUGCCCGCAGAGAGUACAGCUGUGGAUGCCAGCAACCUAUCCGCUUCGGUGCCCAUAUCCUCAUCCUCUUUCUCCCUUGAAACUACUGGGAGCACUAUUAGCACCAUCUUCCCUAACAGACCUUACACUGUCGCAGUGCGACCUAACAGGACUUUAAGAAGGGAGGACAAUGUAACAAAGUACAGCCCUGUCACAACAGCUUUCAGGGCUCCCAGAACUCUGCAGCCUCCCCCAGGGACCUUCUACAAGCCCCCGUCAGGGAGCAAAGCAAAAGAGCCACAGCAAUGUGCAUUAGCUAACAGCGCAGAAGAAGAAGAUGAGGAAGAGGGGGAGGAGGAGGAGGAGGAGGAGGAGGAGGAGGAGUUGGGCAUUGAGAUAGAGGUGUCGGUUGAUGAGCCUCUUGAGGAAGACAAUGAGGCCGAGCAGGCAGCCAUGUCUCAGUCUCCCAGCUCCAGCCCUGAGGCGCUGGGCCCAAGCCUGGCCAAACCUGUGUACCAGAGACUCAGGCCCAGACGCCUCCAAGAGGUAGAACACCGAGAGGCUCAUUUUGUGUGAUCAUCUGAGAGUCGUCAGAGAUCUAAAACAAAAAAAACCCACCAGUGCUCGAAUGUGAACAAUGUGUGCCGUAUUCUAUUAGACAAAAGAAUAAGAAACCUCUGCAUCGACUCUGCAAAGACAAUUUCCAGAUGUAUUAUGAAUGUGGGCACAGUGUGGACAAUGAAAUGUACCUUUAGUCCUCAAAAGACGAACGAGAUGCACUUAAAAUGCUGUAUAUUUUUUAACAGGAUUCACCAAUAUUUCAUUUACCAAUCACUUGCUCAGUACACUCUGGCACCUGGUCAGAAUAUUUAUAAUUUUUUUUUUAAACUGUGCAAUUACAUUUUUAUUUGAAUAUUUUGUACCAAGUUCUUACAGGCUCACUAUGUAUGUUUAUAUACCAAAAAACCUAUGUUUGAAUCGUUACAAUGGUGCACAAUAAGUUUGGUGCACUUAUUAGUACUUGUGUUUCUACCUACUGUAAGUCAGAAUGUUUUAAACUGUUACGUUUAUAAUUAAUAAUUUUUCAAAUAACCUGUGUAUAAAGCAAUAUAAUGACCUUUUGUUACAUGCUGUACUGGGUAUCUGCAUUGACAUAUGGUAAUAUGUAUGAAGCACCAGUUGCAAAGGGUAUACAUCCACUUGUUUUUAUAUUGUUGAACUUGUAUGGUGUCAACUUACACUGUACUGAAAAGCUUUUAGAAAUGCCACUGGAUUGUAUAAUGGCAUUAUCUUUCUCAUUACCAUAUAACAUUUACAUUUCUUAAUAGCCAAAGCUGUUUUUCUUUUUACAACUGAAUUAGUUUUUAUCCAUAACCUAAACCUUACAAGUUCUUUGUAAGUAAUAGGAAGUGCAUCAUUUAUUUAAAUGGUAUCUGUUUUUCAUGGUAACGUACAAGGUUGACUGUUGAUUAGUUCAGUGUAAAGAAACCGGUACAUGAAAACAAACACCCUUUUGUAACUUAUUAAAAUAUAUCUGACAAUUUCUGUAA